CAUAGGAUUACUUGAGGAUAUCUCGUAUACUAUACGACGUAUAGCACAAGAUAUUCGUAGGACAUCCUGAUUUGAUCCGAAAUAAUCCAAAUGACAGACGAUAAAUGUUAUAUCACGAAAGCGGACAUUCAGACAUCCUCAGUUUAUCCUACGGUUUUACACAGAUAUCCAACGGAUGUACCUAGGGUCAACUUUUGCUAUGUGGAUCAUGGAAUUAGUUACGCAAUUAUUGAUCCAGCAGCCUGAGGAUCCAAUAGUAUUCAUGAAACAAUGUGUCCAACAUGCCAUACGAAAGCGAGAUAUUCCCAGAGUUAUCUUAAUAGCUCCUCCAAAUUUUGACAAAAUGACUCUCGCAAAGAUUCUUCAGGAUGAAACAGGUGUUUGUCCUGUUACUCUGGAUGAUCUUCGUGCUUUAGCUUCCGCAAAAAACGCAUGUCUUUACUAUGAUGCUAAUGAAAUUGCAAUAAGAAUGAAGGAGAUAUUAAUGUCUGGGGUGCUUCACAAUUCUGGAUGGACAUUAGUCGAUAUACCGAGGAACAAAAAGGAAGCACGUGCAUUACAACGUGUUGGAGUAAUACCGACACAUGUGAUACAAAUUAUAACAUCAAAUGAAGAUGAGACUCAAAAAAAGCUAACUACAUCUUCACUUUCUUGCAAAUCAUGUUCAUCCACGGAAGAUAUGAAGAAACUCGAUUAUAAAAGAACUUUACGAGGUCUACGUGAAGCUUAUACUAAUUGCUUAAUUGUUAGUUAUUCAAUUUUUAUUAUACAACUUGAGGUUGAAGCUGAUUCUAGAACAAUGCAACAACUGGGUAGAGAUUGUGCAGCGUUAACGAAAAUUCCGAAACAUUAUGGUGCACCGUCACUCUUUCGCAUCGUUCUCAUAGGACCACCAGGAUCAGGAUAUCAUUCCCUAGCAAAAGAUAUAUCUGAAAGAUUUAAUCUUAUUUGUGUUAAUUUUAAUUAUAUUCUGAGACAAGCGUGUUUGCAAGAGACAGCCUUAGACGAGAUGCGACGAUUAUGCGAGCAGAGAUGUGAGCAGCAACUAAAACCAGAGAUAAGAAUAGAAAUUGUUAAGCAAUUUGUACUCAGAUCCGAAUGCUUAAAAACAGGAUGGAUUUUGACCGGUUACCCCAAAACUGUAGAAGAUUUCAAGCUUCUAGACAUGAUUCCUACGCCACCUAAUAGAGUAAUUAUUCUCGAAGUGGAUAUCGAAACAUGUAGAGAACGACUCUUAAAUCGCCGACACAAUACUGAUGAAAGCGAGCAUGAUUUUACAUCGACCGAUUCUUUCAAAAUAGAUCUAGAUUAUGAAUUAAAUUUUCAUUCCGAGAACCAUAGGAAUGUUAUAGAACAAAAUCUCCGGGAAUAUAAGGAAAAUAUAGAGUCUAUAUUGCAAUAUACGAGGAAUACUGCAUCUGUAAUGGAUGCGACGGGUAAAAGAACACUCGUGAGAGAAAGAUUGGAAGCCUGUCUAAUGCGACCAGCACCAUCUGUGAAAAGUAGAAUUCCAGAGCCGCUCUUGACGACAGAACCAAUGGACAUAGAAUUUGAUCCAAAUGAUGAACCAGAUCCAAGCAUUUUCGACGACAUACGUGUACCGGAGCCUAAAUAUUCUUUCAUAUAACAAUAUUACAAAUCGAAAUUAUAUGUAUAAAAAUUUAGAAGACAUUAAAGAUACAAAAUUUAAAUACAUGUAUACAUACAAUAUUUAUAGCUAUAGAAUUAAUAUGCUAAAACUUUAAAAAGUUCUUUGAUAUAUAUUUUGUUUGACGUAUACAUAUACUAUUCUGAAUAAAAGAUAUUUCAUGUAAUUAAUAAAAUAGAAUAACUAAAACUGUAAAAAAUAGCAAGACAGGAAACAUUGUUCUUUUGAUUAAUAGUAUUUCGGGUGUCAUCUUUAAGUUUUAAUAUUUUUCGAGUAAGUUUUAAAUUUUAUGUUACAUGUGCAUUGAGUUUUUACGUAAGUAUUUGUCGUCGCAUAAUGAUGCUAUACACAAAAAAAAUUUAACUAUUUUACUAUGGUCCCGUCUCGGAAAAUGAACAAAAAAAUAAACUUUUCGUAGUAACAAACCAAAUAAAAUAAAAUUAAUUCUGCUGAGCGCGGCGCCAAUGCGUAACAACUCGCGAUCGCGAAACUGAUCGUCGGUAGAGUCUUCAGAAUCUUGCUAAGCACAGAGAUUAGUGAUUAGCUGAAGGUGACUUUUUGAGAUGGCCGUUGGAACCGAACACGAAAAAACCAAGCGAACCAAGCGAACAACCUCCACAAUCGCUCCAACUCGAAUAACUACUUGAUAAGAAAUACAAAAAACAUAUGUCUAAAAGACAUUUCUUUUAUAGACUAAACACCUCUUAUAUUUAUGCACGUAUAAGGAUAAAUUUAUGACAAGUGGAAUAUCAAGAAAAUAUGCCUUUGCAUGACUUUCUGUUCCACACACACAAAAUCUGUUCGCUUAUAAUACUUAUUUAUUCAUAGGCGCAGGGAGAGAUAAUGUCUUCAAUCAAUACUCCUAUUUCACCGAGAAAUUUUUCAAAUUACACAUGUUCUGUUCUAACAACGACAUUAUACACAAUUAGGAAAUUGUGUUCAUUUUUAUAUCAAAAGAGAGAAAUUGCAUAAUAUUUAACCGAUUAAAUAAAAAAAAGGGGUGUGGGUAUUUCUGUUGGUUUCUUCGCGAUCAUACACGUUUCGCAUCUUGCAGAGAAAUGGUCUAUAUUGAGACUGAGUAUUUUAGUUUUAAUAAAAUACUUUUACUCGCAAUUGGCUUAUGGCCAUAUCGACAAUCAAAAAUCUAUCAAUUUCAGAUUAUUUUUUUCUCUAGUAUUUUAAUGUCCGCUAUCUUAUUUCAGUUUACACCAUUUCUAACUUCAAAGUGUACUUCAGAUCAUAUUAU